CUGAGCCCCGCUCCGAGCCCAGCCCGCCCGGAACCUGUGCCCUGAGCUCCUGCCCACGCCGCCCCGCCAUGCUGUGGCUGCUGCUCCUCAUCCUUCCCUGCCUGGGGGGCUCCGCACCCGGGACCCCCGGCCCAGAGCGGCCGGGCAUCGUCGGGGGCUGCCCCGUGGCGGCCAGGAGCUUCCCGUGGCAGGUGAGCCUGCGGUUCUACAGCAUGUGGCAGCACCGGUGGCAGCACCUGUGCGGGGGCUCGCUUGUCCACCCGCGGUGGGUGCUGACCGCCGCCCACUGCCUGGACCCGCAGGAGCUGGGGGCCUGCGCGUUCCGGGUGCAGGCGGGCGGGCUGAGGCUGUACGCGCCCGGCGAGGAGCUGAGCAGGGUGGUCCAGAUCAUCAGGCACCCCGAGUACAACAGCAGCCUGGGGGCGGCCGGGGGCGCCGACAUCGCGCUGCUGAGACUGGAGGCCGACGUGCCGCGGGGUCGCGGGGUCCCCGUCUUCCUCCCCGCGGCCAGCCUGAACAUCCCCGCCAGGAAGAUCUGCUGGGUGACCGGCUGGGGCGACCUCGGCUACCACAGGCCGCUGCCGCCCCCCUACCACCUGCGGGAGGUGGCCGUGUCCGUGGUGGGAAACGGGGAGUGUGACCAGAGGUACGGCAACUCCUCCCGACACCGCCCGGCCAUCAGGGACGACAUGCUGUGUGCUGGGGACAAGGGCCAGAACUCCUGCCAGAACUGUGCGGCGGUGGCCGAGCCGCAGGGGAGGGAAGCUGGCCGCAGCGCGGGCGUCUCUGGCUGCAGUAUGGGGGUCUGUGGGCGCAGUGCUGGGCUCUCUGCUUCGGGGGACGUGCCACGCAGCCGUGUCAGCCUGCCCAGCCCUGAACCAAGCGGCCGUUCCGAGUCUAAAGGGUCCAAGGCCGAUUCCCAGGCCGGGGUGCCUUGCGGCUUCUCCAGAGCCCCCUCUGCUGGCCCUGAGGUUCCAGGCUGCCUGGAUGUGGGGCCCCGCCCGCCCUCCUGGUCAGCAGGGCAGGCGGACGCCGAACGUGUCCCCCGUCACCCUCUCGGGGCACAAGGACCCCCACUGCCUUUCCCCACCCCGGCGGCUCCUGGGGAUGCCCCUCCAGCCGCUCCUGGCAGCUUCUCCCAAGGGCCCCUCCUGGCCCAGGCCCUGAGACCCCGCGGGGCCCUCACGCGGUCAGGACGCCGCUAA